GAACCAGUUGGAGGUGAUGGAAGGCUUGCUGUGUGAAGCGAUCAAUCCCAACCUGCAGGAUCGGGGCACCAACGGUCUCCACCUCGCCGCGCGCGCGGGUCAUCUGCCCUGCGUGCAGAUGCUGAUCGAGGCAGAGGCGGAAAUUGAUCAAGUGCAGAGAAAUUCAGGUCGAACGGCCUUGCACUACGCGGCUCUGAAUGGGCACAACGAGGUGGCUCUGUUCCUCUUGGAGCUGGGUGCCCGCCAUGACAUUGAAACCCAGGACGGCUUUGCCACCCCGCUGCACCUGGCCACCCGCCGGGGUCAUUGGCAGGUGGCCAACUUGCUACUGCAACUGGGGGCCAAUCCCAACCGCGGCACCGGAGAUUUAGGUGCCACACCUUUGCACGUCGCGGCACGUAGCGGGCACCUGGCGAUCCUGAAGCUCUUGCUGAAGGCCAAGGCAGAGAUUUCGGUGCCAAUGACAGAUCGUCAUCGCAUGACCGCCUUGCAUUGCGCAUCCCUCUAUGGCCAUAGCGAUGUGGUGCUCGCCCUCCUGAAGGCGGGUGCCGACAAAAACGCGCCCGCCGCAGGUGGCAAGACGCCCUUGCAUCUUGCAGCAGAAGCCGGGGGACUGGAAGUAGCCAAGGUCUUGCUGGAAUUUGGGUGCGAGAAAGAUAUCACCACCAGUGAUGUUGGCGUGACACCGUUGCAUGGUGCAGCGAUGACUGGUCGCGUUGAGGUGGUUCGAUUACUUUUGGAGGUAGGGGCCCACAAAGAUUGGGUCACCAUGGACAAGGGCAAGACGGCCUUGCACUUUGCUGCAAGACGAGGGCAUAGUCAAGUGGCCAAGCUUUUACUGGAAUAUGGUGCAGAGAAAGAUAUUGCUACUGCGGAUGUCCAUGGCAAGACGCCUCUACAUAUUGCAGCCUUUCAUGGACAUGAUGAAGUUGUUCGUUUGUUGCUGGAGUUUGGUGCUAAGAAGGAGUUAGCCACUGCAGACAAUGGUAUGACGGCCUUACAUGUGGCGACCUUUCGUGGGCACCUGAAGAUCGUGGAACGGAUGCUUGGAGCGGGUCUGAACCCAGAUGUGGCCACGAGCGACAACGGCAAGACGCCCCUGCACAUGGCAGCCAAGCUUGGUCAUGUGGAGAUCGCUGCCGUGUUGCUGCAGGCGGGUGCUGAGAAAGACAUGGCCACCAGCGACAACGGCCGGACCCCCUUACAUGUGGCUGCCUCGCGCGGCCAGAGCCAGGUGGCUCAACUGUUGUUGAGCCAAGGGGUGGAAGCAGAUUGGGCCACCACAGACCAUGGCCGAAGAGCCCUACAUCUGGCAGCAGCUGAGGGACACCUAGAGGUGAUGACUGUUUUGAUGGAUCAUGGGGUGGAUAAAGACGUCUCUGCGGCGGAUGGCAUGACACCAAUGCACCUGGCGGCUUCUAAUGGUCGUGUGGAGGCUGUGCAAGUGUUGUUGGAGAAAGGUGCUGCGAAGGAUGCUGUCAACUCGGUGUGCUCCAGGUUAUUUUUGCUUUCUGGAUGGGAAAUCCAACAUUUGGGGAAUCUUGAAUAGGAAUAUCGUCUGCAUAUGUACACACAGACGCAUGUUGGUGCCUCUUUGGAGUACCUCCAAGGUCACGGACAAUGGCACGACACCUCUACACUUUGCUUCACAUGAAGGCCACCUGGCCGUGGUUAGACUUUUGUUGGAGGCUGGCGCUGCGAAGGAUGUGUCGAAUGCACAUGGUGCCACUGCCUUACAUCUGGCUGCCCGACGUGGGCAUUUGGAAGUGGUGAAAGUCUUACUGGACUUUGGUGCACAGCAACUGGCGGUUUCAACACGUUUGAAACAUGUUUCAUUAUUUUCCAUCCCCCAAACCGAAAGAUGAUCCCAAUUUUUUUGAUCUUUUCUUGACACAGCUUCACCACGAGGCAAGAUAUCAUGGCCAAGGGAAACAGGGUGACGCCCAUGAUGAUCGCCAGGAUUCUUCAACAUCGCGAUAUCGAGCGUGUGCUCGGGGACUCAGGCUGCCCCCUCGACCCUUUGAGGCCUGACAGUCUGCGCAAGGGCAUCAAGCGUUUGGCCGCGGGCUUUCCAAAGAACAAGCGUCGCAAACGGCAAUGAAGAUGCAAACGCCGACCCAUGAUGAGAUUGCUACCUGUGUUGCCAAGUACAAGAUGCGCUUGGCAUUGUCGAAGUUGAGCUAGGAUGUUCAGAGUCCGUUUCACACCCUGUCUUUCCAAUAUGGAAACCAGCACACAUUUUGGGAAAUUACUUUGCUCACGUUGAGAUGUCAGCUU